CCAUAGUUUUUUUUUUUUUUUUUUUUGUAACCUUCUUGCUCUGAAAUGAAAAUGGAAGCAAGGAGAUUUCUGCUACUUCUCUUCCUUCUCUCCCUCCUCUCCAUAUCUACUGCUGCAACAACACGAAAAAUCCGCGCUAGGAAACCUUGUAAGAGCAUGGUGCUCUAUUUUCAUGACAUAAUUUAUAAUGGCAAGAAUGCAAAGAACGCAACUUCAGCCAUCGUAGGUGCACCGCAAUGGGCCAAUAGAACCCUUUUGGCAGGACAGAACCAUUUUGGAGAUUUGGCUGUGUUUGAUGAUCCCAUUACCUUAGAUAACAAUCUGCAUUCAACCCCAGUUGGUCGUGCGCAAGGCUUUUAUUUCUAUGAUAAGAAAGAGAUUUUCACUGCUUGGUUGGGGUUCUCUUUUGUUUUCAAUUCUACCGAGCAUAAGGGAAGCAUAAACUUUGCUGGGGCUGAUCCAUUGAUGAACAAGACCAGGGAUAUCUCAGUAAUUGGUGGAACCGGUGACUUCUUCAUGGCUAGAGGAGUGGCUACUUUGAUGACGGAUGCCUUUGAAGGGGAAGUAUACUUUCGCCUUCGUACCGAUAUUAAAUUGUAUGAAUGUUGGCAACAAGUUUAAGUACUUGCUAUAGCUAUGCCAACAAUCGAUUGUCAAAUUCAAGUUGUAUUUUUCAUUUUCCAAAUAUUUGUUUGUUGAGUCGUGAAGAGUUUCAUCAAUGGCAACACUGUACGAGGCUCUAUUGUGGUUAGGCCCUCUGAAUAUUGCGUCUCUGUUUUGUUAUGCAAAGCUGUAUGUUCGGUAAAAAACAAUAAAAGUCUUUUAAUUGCUUUAGCAGAGGCACAGUUGCUUUACUUCUCUCUCCCCCAUGUUGGUACGUAGUCCUUGUCUACUAGGUAGUGUGGAUAGAAAGAAAUUAAGAACAGUAGUUGUAAAGUUGGUUUCGUUAUUUUUGACGUUUUUGUCAUGGCUUGUUCAAUUGUCUUUAAUAACA